ACUUCCAAAGGGAUCAUGCUUUAUAAACUUCGUGAGAGUGAAGAGAUCAGUUGACAUGAUCAGGAUUAUGUUUGAGAAAAUUCUUGCCACGGGAAUUCCUUGUAGUUCCGCUUCUACUACUGUUUGGAUCGUAACGCCACCAAAUGCAAAAAGAAGCAAACAAAAUGCUAAGGAUAGUGCAAAUCUUUGAGAGAGUGUACUUGUUCUGGAUCCAAGUAUUUCUUGUUUGUACAUCAUCACUGUAUUGAAACACAUAUACAUAAUUUACUCAACAAGGAUUCAAAUGUGAAACUUUUAGUGUGCAUCAACUGCUGCGGUGGGGCCAUAAACACCAGUAAUUGCCUCAAGCUUUACCUUUUGAUGGGGGCCAGCAAGUGGACGAUCGAAUUAUAGGUUGGUCGGUUCAGUGAUCAAUAAUCUCAUCGGUCAAAUUCGUAGGGAUAUGCAUGAAUGCAUCUGUGGGAAAUUCCAGGAAAUGAAAGCGAAAAAGCAAUUCACUCUCUUUCCUGUCCUGGGAAUAGCAAACAAACCCAGUAUGGUAGGAGAAAAUUUCACCUCUUUCACAUGUGAAAAAGCAAACCCACCCAGCAUGUGAAAAAGCAAUCCACUCUCUUUCACACUCUCUCUGUUCAACUUUUUUGUUUUUCACAUUAUCGAGCUUAGCUAGCUCUUAAGGCCAAGGGAGAUUCAUCUAUCCAAAAGUCUCCUCGAUCUCCAAGGCACAAUACUCUGGGUCUGUAAUAGCUGAAGCUAAUGGAGUUCUAUCACUAUGUCUUUGAGACGAUGAGGAUGAUUAUUGUGAUUAGUGCGGUAAUGGUGCAAUGGUUCGGUGUCAUAGCCUGUCUUAAGUGGAUAUGGAAGAAUUGGUUCAUUAUUGUGGUGAUUGUGACAUGGAACGUAAUAGCCAGUCUUGGGUGGAUAUGGAAGAGUAGGUUCAGUUACAUGGUUGAAACCCCACAGUCAAUAUCAGAGGAUAAUCAAGAACCGGUUGACGUGGAUGCCUUUGCAUCUCUUCCUCCAUCAUCAGCUGAAUCAUCAGCUCCUAGGUGGAAGCAUGAUGUAUUUUUGAGUUUCCGGGGUGUAGACACUCGCGGAGGUAUUACGUUCGAAAUAUACGAUCGACUGCAAAACAGGAGAGGAAUCAAAACAUUCAUGGAUGACCAAGACCUUCAAGUAGGGGAUGUUAUUUCUCCCACUCUCCUAAUGGCAAUUAAAGAAUCAAGGUUUGCAAUUAUUGCUCUCUCUCCAAACUAUGCCUCUUCCACUUGGUGUUUGGAGGAACUUAGAAACAUUUGUGAAUGCAUGAAAGAAGACAACAAUAGAAUUCUGCCACUUUUUUAUAAUGUGGAUCCUAGUGAUGUACGAAAUCAGAAGAGGAGCUUUGGAGAUGCUUUCACUAAGCAUGAAAAAUCUGGGAAACACAAAUCAGAAAAGGUGCAGCAGUGGAGAGAUGCUUUAACAAAAGUGGCAAAUUUCUCUGGAUGGCAUACACUGAAUUAUAAAACUGAUAGAGAGCUUGUGGAUGCCAUUGAGGAAUCUGUGUGCAAUAAAUUACGAUUGACUGAACCUGAGCUUAAAAUGUGCAUCGGAGGUUUUAAUGAAUUUGCAGCAACAAAACAAGCCAUUGAUAAGGUCAUGAACGCGCUAAAAGAUGAUGAGGCCACUACCAUUGGAGUCUACGGAAUGGGGGGCGUUGGAAAGACGACAAUGGUGAAAUAUGUUGGAGCACAAGCCCAAAAAAGUAGGCUUUUUAAUCAAGUGAUUAUGGCUGUCGUAUCCCAAAACCCCGACUUGAUACAAAUUCAAGAGACAUUUGCAGAAAUGCUGGACUUUAAAUUGGAGGAGAAGACAGAAAUUGGAAGAGCCAUUAAAUUGAAGGAGAAGAUAAUGAGAGGAACCGGGAUCCUCAUAAUCUUGGAUGACAUUUGGAAGAGAAUAGAGUUUUCAAGAAUUGGAAUUCCAAACCACAACGAACUUCUAAGAUGCAAUUCCAAAGUCCUACUGACCACCAGAAGAUCAAGUGUUUGUCAGAUCAUGGAGAGCCAUGCAAAAAUUCGUCUCAAUAUCUUAUCAAAAGAAGAUUCUUGGAGCUUAUUUGUGAAGGAAGCAAGGAAGUCUUUUGACAAAUCUUCCAAUUUCUAUGAUGUAGCGAGAGAGGUGGUUAGAGAAUGCGCUGGUCUACCAAUUGCUUUGAUAGCAGUUGCGAGGGCCCUUCGAGAUGAAGCUUUGGACGGAUGGAAAGAAGCUGCUCGACGGCUACAAGUGUCUCAACCUCCCAACCCUGAAGAUGAGGGAGAUGUGUUCAAAUGCAUAAAGUUAAGCUAUGAUUACUUGAAAUAUGAUGAUUCCAAAUCAUGCUUCUUGCUUUGCUGCCUGUUCCCAGAAGAUUAUGAUAUCCCAAUUGAAUACUUACUUAUGUAUGGAAUUGGGAAAGGAAUGUUUCAAGAUUCCAACAUGCUAGAAGCCCGCGCCACAACAUAUUUAGUGGUGAAGGCCCUUAAAGAUUCUAGCUUGCUUUUGGACGCUAGAGCUGAAGGAUGUGUAAGGAUGCAUGAUGUCAUUCGGGAUAUGGCAAUAUUAAUGACGUCAUUAUCUGAAGACGGCCAGCGGUUCUUGGUGAAAGUUGGCUUUGAAUUGAAGAAUUGGCCAAAGAUUGAUGCACGUAAAGGCUACUCUGCAAUCUCACUAAUGCAUAACAACAUUUGCAAGCUACCCGAAGAGUUGGUAUGUCCAAAUCUACAGAUUUUAUUACUACAGUACAGUUUGUCUCUGCAUGAGAUCCCAAAAUCUUUUUUCCGAAGUCAAAAUGAAUUAAGAGUCUUGGAUCUUAGCUACACUUGUAUUUCAUUACUACCCCAAUCAAUUAGUUUCCUAACCAACCUUCAAGCUUUGUAUUUAGAUUAUUGUUUGAACAUAAUUGACAUUUCUGUAAUCGGAAAACUUCACAAGCUUGAGAUUCUUAGUAUGAGAGGAAAUUCUCUGAGAGAAUUGCCAAGAGAAAUAGGGCAGUUGACCAAGCUAGGGAUGCUGGAUGUCAGUGCUGAACGUAUCCAUCUAUUUGCAGUGUCUAAAAGUGCAAGUGGAACCUCGAGUAGACGUCUUGGCACAAUUCCAUCUAAAGUGAUAUCAAAGUUGGAUAAAUUAGAAGAACUAUACAUGCAAUGUGGAUUUUGGGACUGGGGGAGUAAAAUUGAUGGAAAAGGAGAAGAAACUAAUAUUAGCUUUGAUGAAUUAGCUGGUUUAUCAUAUUUAAGCAUUUUGAAAGUUUGCAUAUCAGAUGCAAAUUGCAUCCCUAAAAGUGUUAAGACCGUACCGAAUUGGGUUUACUUUGAUAUUAGUAUUUGCAGCGACAGUGAAAGACAGAGAGACAAUCAUUGGUUCAUAGAAACCUUUCCUGGGAGCCUACAAUCUGGUCAUAAUUGUAGAUCCUUGAGUUUUGAUAGUACUGACACAACCAUAGGAACCUUUCCGGACUGGUUUGUCAACGUUGUGGUAAAGAAUACUGAGAGGCUAAGUUAUAGAGAGUGCAGAGGGUUGAUUAACAUUCUUGUGGAGUUUGACCGUGGGAGGUUACAUGGACUGAAAGUUCUCUCUGUACAAGAUCGCUGUGAGAACUUGAAAGAAUUGAUGAAUGCAAUAACAUGUGUUCCAGAUAUGCCUGUGUUUAAGAACUUGGAAAAGUUGUAUCUGGAGAACUUGGAUGACCUGAAGCAGUUAUGUGUUGGUGAGUUACCAUUUGGAUCUCUCUGCAGUCUGAAAUUACUGAGGGUAUUUGACUGUCGUAACUUGGGGAAUGUACUGUUGCCAUCAAAAUUGUUGCAGAAACUACCAAAUCUGGAAAAACUACUCUGUAAGAGAAGUGGAAUAGAAUCUGUGUUUGGAUGUGAAGGAUUUGAGCCAGAAAAAACAAAUCUGAGAGAGAUGGAGUUGCAAGAUCUAUAUGAAGUAAGACGCAUAUGUAACGGUCCUGCUCCACGCGGAAUGUUCCAGACUCUAAAGAAAUUGGACAUUGACUGUGGCAAGUUCCAGGGAAGCCUCUUCACAUUUGAUGUAGCUCAGUGUCUUUUUCAAUUGGAAGACCUUCAUGUAUCCUUCUGCCCUCACUUGGAAAGAGUAAUUGAAGCAAGGAGGGAAACUGUGAAUAGCAAGAAGACCGUUCUUCCAAAAUUGAAGAACUUAUGUUUGCAGUCUCUUCCAAUGUUGUACGAGGGAAGUGCUACUAUUGAUUUUGAGUGUCCUUCAUUGGAAAACUUGGUAGUGUUUUGCUGCCCCCACUUGUCAUUUCCAUCCUCUGCUUCUGACUACUUCCACAGCAGGAACCAAGUCAUUUUCAGUGAACGUCCCAAAUCUAGAGCUCCAGAAUUGUCAUGGGUGUGUCGAGAUUUACAUACACUCAAAAAAUGGAAGAAACGUUCGGAAGAAGCAAACACCGCUAAAUACGCCGCUAAAUGAGAAAAGAAGCAAACGGAAUGCUGAGGAUAAUGCAAAUUUUUGAGGAUUUCCUCGUUCUCGAACUUCCGGCGAAGCCCCCGCACCACAGAAGCCGAAGAAAGAACCUACCGAUGAUGAAAAGAGGUAGGUAGCUUCAAUUUUAGCAAUUUUGAAAUGCUACUCAAUUUUCCUUGAUUUUUGUUUGGUAAUAGAAGGAUGAAAAUAGUGGCCGGAAGCUUGAUGAAAGCAGUGAUCAGACCUGGUGGAGGUGAUUCAACACCUGAAGAUGGUGAUCAGGUCAUAUAUCAUUGCAUUGUUAGAACAUUGGAUGGAGUUAUUGUUGAAUCUUCAAGAUCAGAAUUUAGUGCCUUCUAUUACGGCGAGAGUGCUGUUCGUUUAGUAAUGGGGAAGCUGGUUUGGUUGAGUUGGGGAAUUGGAGCUAUAAAGCAACAGAAUGAGGUAACAUCAGAAACCCAAAAACACAGUUGACGAAAUGAGCCACGACCUGUGCCCAGUAAGUAAUGUGUGAGCAAGGAAUAAGUUAAUACAUUCAAAUCCAUUAACCUCCUCUUCAAUCAUACUCAUGUGUACUUGAUUUUACGUUUUUGUAACGUGGAAGAUAUUCUGAAUUUUAGGUGCUAUCAUUUUCCGACCAUGCUUUAGUCUUUGGAUUUGUUGUUUUGAAUUGGUUUUGUUGUUUUCAUUCUCUUUGUUAUGCAGCUGAGAACUUGAUUUCAUAUCUUUUAGUUGUUUAGGGACUGCAGAACCAAAAAAAACCAAUAUACUGAAGUUUAAUUGGUUUGGUCUUUUGGAUUCUAUCUGUACUCAUUGUCAGUUCGUUUUAGUUGAAUUGGUUUAGUUGUUAAGGGACUGCAGAUUAAAAAAAAAAAAAAAA